ACAAUGUAACCUUAGAGUAAAUGUGUAACAUUUGCUCCAAAGCAUCAGAGAGAAAAAGGAAAGCUCUAUAGGAACCAUAAGCUAGAACAGAGGUAUCUAAAGAAGGCACUGCAACUAACCAUGAAGAUCUGAUAAAGGGCUGGUCUGAUACAAGAUAUACUGGUAAGGUGGGCUGAAGUAAGAACACUGCAGUGUCUUCCAGGUUGUAUUACAGACCGUCUGCUAACACAGAGGCACCAUUAAAACAUUGCUGGAUUUUGGGUACGUUACCCAUCAACUCUUCAUCAAGAGGGCUUCAGAUGAAAUAACCAUACACCAGGAUUCAGCACUGAGUACAGGAAGCAGCACUGUUUGUAAUAGCCUACAAGGCAUCUGAUUCUUAAGACAUCAUCAUCUUUUUGCUUGUACUCAAAAUGAUCAAAUGGUACAUCAUUAAAGCAACAUUCCUAGCAUUACUUAUGGUUCAGAUGUUAACAAUGGUAUCCCUGUAUCUGAGACAUAAUAAUUUCUUCAGUACAGACACACUAACAAAGAAUCCAAGCAAAGUUCAUAUUUUGAUUGUAUCCUCCUGGCGCUCAGGGUCCUCCUUUCUUGGCCAGGUCUUCAGCCAACACCCUGAUGUUUUUUAUUUGAUGGAACCAGUCUGGCAUUUGUGGAUGAAUAUGAAAAGAAGCAAUGCAAAGGUUUUGCAAAUGGCAGCGCGAGACUUAAUUCGCUCAGUCUUCCAAUGUGACAUGUCUGUAUAUGAUGCCUACUUGCCUGAAAAACCUAAAGCCUCAGAUCUCUUUAUGUGGCAUGUCAGUCGAGCACUCUGUUCUCCCCCUGUCUGUGAUUUGUUUGAACGUACGCAAAUAAUUAAAGAAGACGACUGCAAGACGCUCUGCAAGAGAAGUCAGUUUAACAAAGUGGCAGAGGCUUGCCAUACAUACAGUCAUAUUGCUUUAAAGGAGGUACGUCUGUUUGAUUUGAAAUCAAUUUACCCACUUGUUCAUGAUUCAUCGCUAAAUCUUAAAAUAAUCCAUCUUGUCCGUGAUCCCAGAGCUGUUUUCCGCUCGAGACAUGAAUCAUCAGGGAUUCUUUCUAUUGAUACAGACAUUAUUUUGAAUGGGUAUGGAAAGACUGAUGAGGAAGUAGAAUACAAGGCAAUGAAGGAAAUCUGUAAUAGCUAUGUUAAUAUAUACAAAGAUGCAACUAAUUCAUCCCUAAAUGUUUUCAAGAACUGCUAUAUGCUUGUCCGUUAUGAAGACUUAGUCAGAGACCCUCUGGAAAAAGUAAAAGAAAUGUACAGGUUUGCACAACUAGAUUUUCCCCCAAACUUUGAGGAAUGGAUUUAUGCAAUUACUCAUGGGAAAGAUUUUGGAAAAAAUGGUAUGGCCUUUAAAACUACAUCUCGAAAUGCACUGAAUGUAUCCCAGGCUUGGAGAAAUAGUCUUUCAUUUCAGGCUGUGUCUAAAGUACAAGAUAAUUGUAAAGAGGCAAUGAGUGUAUUUGGAUAUAAACCAGUAAAAUCAGACAGAGUGCAGAAGCUCAUGUCAAUGGACCUGUUAUUGCCCAUGGAAAGUAAUAAUGGUUCUCUUAAAACAUAAAUGAAGGACUAUAGUCAUUGACUGCAGAUGAGUUUAAUUAAUUUAUUUAUUUGCUAACUUAACAAGUGUAUCAGUCUGAUCAUGUUUUUCAACUCCGAUCUAAUCAUAGGGAAGGACAAACUAAGCGCCCAUAAUAAAUGAAUUAAUGCAAACAUUGCAAUACGUAAUGGAUGUAAUACCUUUAUUGUACCAAAACUGACUUUACAGUAUAGCUAACAAAGCUUUCUGAUUUACAUGAGCUCUUUAUGACAAGUUAAUAAGCUACUGAUGUUAGACACAGUGAUUCAAUAUUGAAAAGUAGUUUGGCUAAAAUGCUGCUUUGCAGCCAUUCCUUUCUUAUCCUGAAUCAUGCAUGUUUGCUCUGUGGCAGGUUCUGUUGUUUUUAUCUGGCUGUGCAGCCACUCCACUGUAUCGGGCACAGCCAACCACAUGUCGUUUUAUAUUGACAUCACACAAGUGUUCUACUAGUGUUCAAGCUGCCAAUCAUCAUAGUUGCUCAGAAGUGCUCGUCUCACUUUGACAAGCAGUAUUUUCCAUAGAAAAUCAUUACCAGUGUCAUAUCUGCUGCAGUGCCAACAAUGAUAAACCUUUUUAAAGAAUGUUUCCUUUUUCUUCAUGUUGGAGUAGCUGCAGAGUUGCAUAUAUUAGUUUUGGAAAUAAGAUCCCCAUAUGGGCAUGCAUGGGGUCUUGUGCCUCAGCAACUAAAAAAAUACUUUAUUUUGUUUUUCUGCAUUUAAAUGAAAUGUUGUCCAGCUGUGUCUUCCAGUUGUAGCUUUGUCUGAACAUUACUUGAUGCAUAGUAGAACCACAGCUCACAAGGCAGACACAUUUAGCAGUGCAGUUUGUGUGGCCUCUUAACUGUUGGUUACUUCAACAACAUUCAAUUGCCAAUCUUUUCCAGGCUAUUUACCAGGAGAUUUGGGUACAUUUUGGUGGUGGCAUUUUUGUGCAGUUACUACAGAGGAUUAAGGGUAGGAGCUGUUAAUAAUCUGCUUCCUGUGGCCCUGGAUUUUAUUCCCUCAGCCUCCAUUUGUCUGUGUCUCUGAACAAGUCACCUAACCAGACACUAAUAAUAAACAAAUAAGAGAUUUUUUUAAAAAGUAACAGUAUGAUAAAAAAAAAUUCAGUGUGUUGUUCAGAUCCUAAGACAUAUGUUUUUAUGAUUUGUGUGCAUGUGCAUGUAUGUCUCUGUGUAUGUACAUUUAGAUUCAUAGUUAUGUACAAGGCUUACCAUCACAAGGGCCUUUUUAAGCAUAGCCAUGCAUCCCAACGCACAUCAAGCUGAAACUUUAGAUGUCAAUGUUCACAGCCUACCAGAAAAGUUAAGGUUACUUCCCAAUGAUUCAUUAGAACAAGCAUUCAUUAGAAAAAAAUAGCAGUUCAAGUCACCUAAUAGAGCACUUACUGUGAAUUAAAUCACAAUAAGAAGAGAGAAGUUGAAUCAUGACUUAAAAGCAAAGGAGUAAAAACAACCCCUUAAUUUAUUAUCCUUUCUUAGUAUGGAGUCACUGUAUGAUUUGGUUACAAUAUAUAAUAAUGACAGUAAUGGGAAUCAUAAUGCUGUACUAUAGAAACAUAUAACAUAUAUAUAAUAAUGACAGCAAAUGAGAGCUCAUAAUGUUGCAAGCUAUAAAAAGUAGACACAGCUAAAGGAAUAAAAUACUAUCUCAGAAUAUCCAUAUACCUCUAAACUGGAGGUAUGGAUAUAUAAACAGGACAGCCUGGACUCCACAAUAUAACAUAAAAGAAAUGUGUUAUAAGCAGUUAGUAUGCUAAACAAACUGCGCUCAAGUUAACUGUGAGGAAAGAGUGUGAAAAAAAAGAAAGAGAGAGAGAGAGAGAGAGAAUGUGUGCAGUCAAACUAUUUAUCUGCAACAUGCCUGUCAACAAUAAGUCCAAAAUGGCAUCUCUGAAGAGUAGCAGAAUUGAACCCACAGCCAUGAUGUAAUGCUGGAGUGAUAAAUAUUACGGCUUUACCAACUUUCAAACUUAUGGUUACUAGUAUUAAAAUUAGAAGUAAUUAAGUAAAUAAGGUAUCAACCACUGUUUUUGCAUCCUACAACACCAGAAUGCACCACAGUACAAUAUUAGAAUAAAAAAAUUGCAUUAUCUCUGCAUUCCAUUGUUUUCUUCCCAUGGACCAACAUGUCAUUUGUCCUUUUUUCUGAAGUAAUGCAGAAGAGACACUCAUUAUAUGCCUAAGUGAUAAAAACUCAGGGAUACAGAUGCUAAAUGCAUUUUGGGUAUUAGUAAUGUCUGCUACUGCUGCAGAUACAUUUAGAAAUAUUGCAUUUUUAAUUUCUGAGUAAGUAACCAACAGCCACAUUUGCAUCUACAUUUUAAGCUAAGACUUUUUUGUAGAGGUAACACAAGUAUAUAUAAAGGAAAGAUAGUGUGGCAAAUGCAAUUGAAUAUAUAAUGAACACUGUAAUCAAAAGUUUCCCUGCACAGCUGAGGCAAAUAUAUGCAAUAAGACAAUCAGAGAAUGCAAGUAUCUGAAAGUAAUAAAACUGGUUUUAAUAAUCAGCUAAUACAAACCAGACUUUAGAUUUACUAAUGGAACAAAACUAAGCAUCUAGAUGUUCAGAUUAUAUAGCAGUUAUAUUAAUAUAUCAGAUCAGUCAGCAAAUUCAUUAGGUGAUCUAAGUUUAUCUAAAGGUUGCGUUACCCCCAGUAAUGGAUUCCUAGGCACUGGGAAGUGAAAACAAUGAUAAUGUCAUUGAACAGCUAAGCAAUACGAUGCAAAAUAAAGCUGGAAAUGAUGAAAUCAUAUACCAUGAAAAUGUAUGAUUAGGAGAGAGGUACAACUCAACAUGGCAGUCCUACAUACAAGGGGAUACUGAGGAAUUAAUAGUUAUUGUAAUUUGUUCACUGGGCUACUUCAUGGCUCUGACUGGACCAAUUCCAGGCACAGCUCGGGUGAAUACAAUCACAGCAAUCAGAAGUAAUAUAGUGUAGACAACAGUAUGCAGUAACAUGAAUAGAAUGAAAGAAAAGUACCUAUAUUACAAUUAAAAAUGUACAAAUGUUAAAAAUGCACAAUUUUUGAAAACAUGUCUUCAUGCUGUUUUGAAAACAACAAUCUAGAUGAACUAGAGAAAUAUGGAGGGGAAAAAUGGGAGUGAGCAGGAAGUUAUGUGAUGGGGGUAGGCAGGUUUAAAGUAUGUCCAGCUGGAGGGAAGUAGAUAGAGUGGUAAUGGUAGCAGAGAAUUGGGAUGUGGGGUUUUAGGUACUGUGUCCAGAAAUGGGGUGUGGGGGUUUAGUAAUGUGUCAAGAAAUGGGGUGUAGGGUUUUACAUAAUGUGCCCAGAAAUGGGAUAUGGGGUUUUAUUUAAUGUGCCCAGAAAUGGGAUAUAGGGUUUUACGUAAUGUGUCCAGAAAUAGAAUAUGGAGUUUUACAUAAUGCGUCCAGAAAUGGGAUAUGGGUUUUACAUAAUGUGUCCAGAAAUGGGAUGUGGGGUUGUAUGUACUAUGUCCGGAACUGGUAUAUGGGGGUUUUAUGUACUGUGCCCAGAACUGGGAUAUAGGGGUUUUAUGUAAUAUGUCCAGAAAUGGGGUAUGGGGAUUUAUGUAAUGUGUCCAGAAAUGGGGUAUGGGGUUUUACGUAAUUUUAUUUAUUUAUUUAUUUAUUUAUUUAUUUCAUAUUUGUUUACUGGGAAAGUCCAACUUGGACAGAGUCAAUUUUUAGUGGAAGCCUGAGGAGAAAGGCUCCAGAUGCAUGUUUUUCAAAUGUGGGAGGAAACUGGGGCAGCCAGAAGAAAAGCAUGCUAAUGCAGGGAGGAUGUGCAGACUCCAUGCAGAAGACGUCCCAGCUGAGAAUCAAACCGGAGUGUCUCUUGCAGUGAGGCAGCAACAAAAAACACUGUACCACUGCUUCACCCAUGUGUCCAGAAAUAGGACAUCGGGUUUUACAUACUAUGCUGUGAAAUGAGCUACAGGCUUGAAAUGAGGUGUGGGGGUUUAGUAAUAUGUCCAGAAAUGGGGUGUGGAGUUUUACGUAAUGUGCCCAGAAAUGGAAUAUGGGGUUUUAUUUAAUGUGCCCAAAAAUGGGAUAUAGGGUUUUAUGUAAUGUGUCCAGAAAUGAAAUAUGGGGUUUUACAUAAUGUGUCCAGAAAUGGGACAUGGGGUUUUACAUACUAUGUCUUGAAAUGAGCUAUUGGGUUUUAUGUACUUUGUCCAGAAAUGGAAUAUGGGUUUACACAAUGUGUCCAGAAAUGGGAUAUGGGGUUUUUAUGUACUGUGCCCAGAAAAAGGAUAUGGGGUUUUACAUACUGUGUCCAGAAAUGGGGUAUGGGAUUUUAAAUACCAUGUCAGGAAAUGAGGUAUGAGGAUUUACAUAAUGUGUCCAGAAAUAGGGUAUGGGGUUUUACGUAAUGUUCCAGGAAAUGGGGUAUUGGGUUUUACAUAACAUGUCCAGAAAUAGGGUGUGGGGUUUUAUGUAGUGUGUCCAGUAAUUGGAUAUUGGGUUUUAGGUAAUGUGUAAAGAAAUUUGAUAUGAGUUUUAUAUAAUAUAUCCAGAAAUUGAUUCUAGUGUUUUACAUAAUGUGUCCAGAAAUGGGAUAUGAGGUUUUAUGUAAUGUGUCCUUCCUGAGAGCAUCUCCAUUAAGAAGGAGUACAGAGGUGUUUUUUUGCAAUGGGGCCAAACCUUGGUGUAGGAUUGGAGGACUUUCACUGCAAUAGGAAAUGAAUUGCACAGGUUUGGAGCAAAACUUGAAAAGGCAUGGAAUGUGCAAUGAAUUUGGAGCUUGAGGGUCACAGUAGUUUACAAGAUAUUUACUUGUUUGCAUGAGAAGGUUUUAUUAGGGAGCUUAACUAUAAAAAGAGAGGAUGUCUCAGGGGAUAGCUAUAACAGUCAGUGAGCCCAAUAGGAGACUUGAUCUUUGUCAGACUGGAAGUCAUUUCAUUUUGGAGAUAGCCAGAGAGUGGUGUCUUUAGGGAGGAGAGAUAGAGAUGAAAUUGCAAAUUUUAUUGCAGAUGGUUGGUAAUGUGGAAAUGUUGUUUUUUUUUUUUAUCUUGGAUGAUGCAGCUAUUUUCAACACACCAUAUUUUAGUUGAAUGGAAGUAUUCCUGUACGUAUUGUGACUCUAGAUGGGGCUGACAAAUAACAGAUUCUGCUGGCUAAUAUAUAGCAGGGAAUUUAUUUUUUUCUGUUUUUAAUGUCUAAAUGGAAGUUAAGGGAUUGCUUGAGCUACAUUCCUCAGUAUUUGAAGGAGGUUGUAGUUCCUCUUCUAAAUUUCUAUAACUUUCUAAUAUUGAGGGACAUAGGUGCUUUGGCUAUGGAUUUUAAAAUAGCAUAGAUUUAAUUUUAGAAGGGCUGACUAGUGAAUUGUGCUGCAGUAGCCACUGACUGAGGGAUCGUAAGUUAUUUUGUAACUGUGUUUGUAUUUCGGUUCAGGGCUUGUUUGGAUGUGAAGAUGACCAUGUAAAUUUGUAUGCAGGAUAAGAAGUAUGUGCGGAUGCUUAUAUGGCAGUUUACUGAUAAAAAACUGAGAUGAGUACAGGAACUAGGGUAGACCCCUGGGGUACCUCAUUAUCUAGUGGUGCUGAAUGCUUAUAAGUAAAAAAAAAUGGGGAUGCAGUUUAGUUAGCUCUUCACAAAAAUGCUUUCAAAUUAUAGACACGUGAAGUACAUUUUUAGGUUUUAUUAUGUAAAGCAUGUAAGAUUAAGUUACAUGCUUAUAUAAGAUUCAAUGUUUUGUAUGGAUGUUAAGGCUCUUAAUAGUGGAGUUCUAAGAAUUACACUAAGGAUGGAAUUCAUCACUAAUUCUAAAACACUUAAAAAAUAAUAUCCUGUUUGUCAUUCCAAUAAACAAGACAAUUAGAAUCAAUCAUAAUUAAUCCCAAUUCAGUGGACAAAUGUCCUUUAUAUAUUAGUAAAUCUUUUUCCUUGAAUAGAUUUAAUUAUGAGUUAUAUUCCUGGGUCAAUAAGUAUACAAAUGUUCUUAGUGAACUAGAGUUUGUAUGUUAUGUUAGCCUUUAUGCCCAAGACAGGACCUUCUUUCUGUUAACUUAAGCCCCUUAUCUAUGGGCCCUUUAGCCCUUACAAAUGGAGGAAUAGAGUUCUGAGCAUCGGUGGCAAAUAUUACAAGCAGGGUAGUAUUUUUGUGAUUAAAUUAUAUACAUACAGUUCCUUAUGUGUGCAAUUUAAGAAAUCUUCUAAGACAAAAAGAAUGGAACUGGAGAUUUGCAGUGGUCCCAAAUAUCACAGAUGGUAUUUUCCUGAUAUUAGCAAAUGGAUGUUGACAUCAGCCUACCUCCAGAUAUUACCGACUUCCAAGUGCAAGGCAGUUAUACAAUGACAAUAGUCACUUAUUCUGGAAAAUUAUAUUAUUACCCCAUAAUAGAGCUUGCAAGAACAGGAUAUCUUAAAUGGAAUCAUUAAUAAAAAUGCUUGAAGAGAAUAGGGCCCAAUUCAGAGUCCUCAGGUAUACCAGGUUUUUGCUCCUAGCAGUUAACAAAGCAGGCAAAGCCAAUACAGAGUGCUCAAAAUGUUUUGUUUUAAGAUUUGCAAAGAAGAUAAGAGUCAAAUGACUCUUAUCAAUGAUGGUGACGAUGGUGAAGAUGUAGUUCAUAACCUACUACAGAACAAUGAAGAUACAAAAUCCUUUUCUGAAUACCUGCUGCGACUGAUUCAGAAUGCCAUUUUUACUAGCACAUUCUAAUACCUGAGAGUGGAGAAUCCUCCUCAAAAUAUUUACAAGUUGCCAGAGACUGAAGAUGAGUUGAUGAUCCUCCCGCCAGGCUGGAUCAAUUUGUCUUGGGAAGGAGCACCAUAAUUGUUUCAUUUAGCUAUAAAUUUCCAGAAUACAUAUUUCUAUAUAUCAAUACAUAUAUCUAUCUAUAUAUCUAUAUAUAGAGAUAGAUAUAUAUCGAUAUAUAUAUACGCACAGAUUAAGAUAUUUACUAUGGGUUUAGUGAUCAAUAGGAUUGAUAUCCACAGGACACAUCUCUCCAACAGUACAAGACUGCCUGCUCAUUACUUUGGAGAGAUUGUGCAUAGUGAUGGACACCAAUUGUGUACAAUACUGAGUAGGAAGGGUUGAGAAAAUAUCAUCCAGACAAUGUAGGUACAUCACUGCUGAAAUUCUUCAGAAGGUUAGGUCUAGCUGUCCUAUUCCAUGUAAAAUCAAGAAAGGUAAUGCUUGUGAUUUGGUUCAACAAAGUACCAUUUUACUUCUGACUACCAAUCCUUUGGCAGGCUAUGGAUCACAGUUUAGUUGUUAAAGAUAAAAUGUAAACUUGACAGUUUUUAAAGCAGUUCUACAUUACCAAAUCAGAGCAAAGAAGGCUAUAAGCAGAUAAUGAUUGUUAAUUGCUUUCAAAAGGUACCAGUUUUGUAGAAGACAUGCAGAUUGGGAAGAAUUCUGCCUUAUUAAGUGGCAUUAAUUCUCAAAGCUAAGUUAUAUAUGCUUGCAGAAACAGUGAACAGAAUUUAAGUUUUAUUUUAUCCCCAAAAUAGUGCUGUUUUAUAGUGAAAUAUUUUUGCAUUAUUCACUUGAGCAAAUGGAGGAACUGAUUCUUGGCUAUAUUUUUCUUUAUAUUUUGAAAGACAAAUACAAUUAAAUAGUACUCCAUUUCCUCCUCCUACCUGUACUGUUAUGAACUGUCUUCCAUCCUUUUGUUAUACUCCAUCCUCGACUACCCUUUGCCUUUACUUUCUCAGCUCUAGCUUUCUUGACAUUAUACCACUUGUAAGACAUAUUCCUUUCUGUUGAAAAGAGCAACAAUAUGGCUGCCUGAAAUACUUCAUCAAAUUGAAAUGCAGUUCUCUCUCUUUAAAGAAUGUUGAAAAAGAUUGUUGUACAUUACUGCCUUUCAAAGGUUAGUGUCACUCUGUCUAUUACUGUUCUUUAUACAUUGGAACUUUUCUCCCAGGGCCUCCACUGAAAAUGUGUCCUGUGCCUAGUCAGACUUUCCCAGCAAACAAAAACAAUCAAUCAAUCAAUCAAUCAAUCAAUAAUAGCCCAUCUCCUGAUGUUAGUGAUGAGUACAGAAGUGGCCCAAGUGUUUUAUUUGGCUACUUAAAAUGAAUUUAAGGAGUUACAAAAUCACAGUAGGAGACCAACUGCUGACUUUAUGGAAGUCUAGAAAGCAUUUAAUUUGUGAAUGGCAAUAUUAUUUUGGGAGUUCGGUAGUAAGGCUGGCAAAGUCCAUACUUUAAUUAGGACAUGGUGUGUGCUGACUAGAAAGAAGGAAAGAGAUAAGUGAAAUGAAAUUUGCCAAUGGAUCACUUAAAUGGGUAUAUCAUCAACUGGUUGGCUGGUACAUAAACGUCAUCUGUUAUACUAGAGGCAACAAUUGCAGGCAGACAAAUAAAGACAGGUGCAGAGUUGUCAGGAACUGCUAUUUUUUACACACUUUCUGAUUCAUUGGUCAAGGUAUAAUUGUCAGGAUUCAGCAUUAUUUUCCACAAACAGAUAACUUUUAUUACAAACAAAAUUUAAUCUCAGCAUAAACUAAGUUGACAGUUCAGCAUUUCAUACACCUUUGGGUACUGUUCAGAAAUUGUAAUGCAUUUUGUUUUAGGUUGCUUAUUAAUAUAGCUACGGGCAUUUGUAUUUUAAAGUAAACACAU